CGCCGGACAUUUCAACCUGUGCUUUUUCGUUUUGUGCAGUGAUGUGGUGCAGCCGAGCUCAGUGCGCCCUCGCCCUGCUCUCCAUCGCUCUGGCAAUGCUGAGUGCGGGCGCCGCUUCCACAGCCGACAGGUACCGCGAACUCCUCCAGACAUCCGUGAAUCAGGACCUGCUGAAGGAUGCAAUGAUUCUGCAUGUAGUAGCGGAUGAAAACAAUGACACUAUGGAAAUGGAUUCUUCUCAAGCAGAGGCUCCAGAGGCUCCAAUGAAAUUCCAGCAUCGUCAAUUGGGAAUGAGACUGCGGAAAAACUGCAAGAACUUCUUCUGGAAAAGCUACACUUUAUGCUGACAGAAUGCACUUCGCUGUAUUGCACUGAGCCCACUCCACUCUAUCUCACUGUACCUCAUCGCACCUGUUUGGAUUGAAGUGCGUUUCAGAAUGCAGUAGACUUUGCCUCACUGUAUCACAAUGACUUCUUCCCACUGAAUCCCACUGUAUUCUACUUCACUCUACUGUGCUUCAUUUUACUCCAUUCUUACACCACAGUACUUCAUUGUAUCCUACCGUACACUGUUACACUGCUCUGUACCUCAUAGUACUACACUAAUUCCUUCCCACUGUACCUUGCUGUACAGCAUUGUACCAAAUUAUAAAACACUCUAGUGCAUUGUAUCGCUUUGCACCAUGUUGUUAUGCACUGUAGACCACUAUACUCCACUAUAAAGCACAGAAUCCUUCACACUAUACCACACUAAACCACAGUGUAUUCCAAUGAGCUCUUGCCAUUGAUUCCAUUGUAAUCUGACAAUAGUUGCAAUUCAUCUGCAGUUUCAUCUAUUCGCUUGAAAACAUCCUUUACUUUUCGUUUUGCAAUUAUACUCACUGUCAUUUUGUAACUCUUUAAGCAUGAUGCAAUAAA